AUGCCCAUUCAUAGGAAAAUUGAAGGGAGUCCUGCAGCCGGAUCCAUCUACACAAUGUUUCGGCCCGACCGGCCCGUCAAGUCGGCCCGACCAGCUGCAGACUUCGGCCCGACCGGCUGCAGACUUCGGCCCGACCGGCUGCAGACUUCGGCCCGACCGGCCGCUAAAUUCGGCCCGACCGGCUGCGAAUUUUGGCCCGACCGGCCGCUACGUUCGGUCCGACCGGCUGCAAAUUUUGGCCCGACCGGCUGCAGAAUUUGGCCCGAACGGCUGCAGAUUUCGGCCCGACCGGCUGCAUUUUUGGCCCGACCGACUAACCCAGAAGCAACAUCGGUGGGAGAGAAAACCUACCGAAAUAUAAAAUUGAGGCUUCUCGACUGGAACCUCUGUAGAGCAUUGAUCAUGAGCCCACGGCAGGUAGCGUGUCAGUUACGAGGAUCUAUGGCUCAAGCGGAGCUCUUUAAUAAGGCGGUGGAACCACUUAAACAUACUAUGCGUUCCAGAGAGCUGACGUCGGAGGCCCUUUCAACGGACGGGGAGUCUAAUUAUACGUCCCGAAGUAAAAGGAGACGGUGUCAAUCGUCCAGCUCAGACGACGAGUACCCGGUCAGAACCGAGAAACCAAUGAAGAGGAGGCGGCGAGUAUUGUCUUCGAGCUCGGAGGAGGAUGUCAAUGAGACAAGGCUACGCCGCGUGGAAAGCAUGGUCGAGAAUCUUUACCACUUGGUCUCAGGAAAUAAAGAGAACGAUGGCAGCGUCAUGAAUUCGACGUGGCAAGCUCCAACUCCUACAGGUGAAGAGCUGUAUGACGCCGACAGUAUUGGCACAUGUGGCAGCGUAAACGACUGGGACACGUUUUCCCCUGUCACUAGGGAAAUCGAGCCUACAGUCCCUAGGGCGGACCCAGUAAUCGAGACACAGGGCAUGAAAUGCCAGCGUUUCGGGGAAGAGACAUGGAACAAGGUUCGUUACGUGGACGCUCAGAAAAAACUCCACGCAUCACCAGUCUUCAGUACUCUGAAGGUUAACUCAUCCUUGUACAACAAUGGACAUGCAAGCCCAAUGACAGAUAUGUUAUCCAAAAGUGACCUGGCCUUCGGGACUAUCUCACACGGUCUACUGAAGCAACGGAGAAUCAUACAUGAGGCUCUGAAGGAGGCGGGGAACAAACACCCGGAAGCGGCAGACACUUUGAAAAAGUUUUUGCCGCUAACAGUGAAUACAAGACCAUCUCGGACGACCUGCUGCAGUUCGUUUGCGGAAAAAGGGCGGAAAUCAUCGAAAGUCGCAGGAAACUAUACGAGCCUAAAAGUAGUUACUAUAGGUCCAUCGUCAAUGAGAUUCCUCCGUCAGGUACGCACUUGUGGGAUGAAGAGCAGCUGA